AUGGCAGAAGCGAUAGACGAUGCUAACAGCCAGGAUGGCAAUGACCUCUCAAGAAUAUUCGGAAAAGUGCGAGCCAUCAUCAAGUUAGAAAACCUGCCACCACUAGCCGCUCGUGUUCGCAGCCGUAUGACUGGAAAGCCUGUUGAAGACUACUUGACAAAUUGUCAUACAAACCCUAACCCCAUAUAUGGUUCUAGUAAUAUCCUUUUUGAAAUCGAAUUUUCAGAUAAAGUUUGCUGGCUGUUGAAAGUUCCCAGUAACGGAUAUCCAGGUGGUUUCAGCGAACACUCUGCGAAAGAACUACGAGCGGAGGUGUUGACUAUGCGUCUUAUAAAACGAGAAACGACUGUGCCUAUCCCAGAGGUUUUUGAAUUCAAUAAUUCGUGCGACAAUGAGGUCUGCUGUCCAUUUAUUCUAAUGGAAUACAUCAAAGGAAAGGCACUGCAACACGUCUGGUUUGACCAGACUGUGGAUGUAGAAAUUCUUGAAAAACGUCGACGUCGAGCUCUCUCUGAUGUAGCCAAGGCUAUGAUUCAGCUAGAUAAAUUUACCUUUUCUCAAGGGGGUAUGAUCCUUUUCGAUGAAGACGAUAAGGUGGACGGAGUUGGACCAAUCCGCACUGUGGAUUUGCAGUCUACAAUGAACAGACAACAAGAAGAUGGUGAUUCAGAUGGCGGUUCCAGUGAUAAUUCUGACAUUGUUUAUGAUGUUGGUCCAAUGGUAGAUAUGAAAUCUUGGUUCACUUCCGAGUUAGAAAAACGCCAACGACCUUCUGACGCAAGUGGCCAGGGACUCUAUAACUUCAUGGAUUUUUGCAUUGACCUUGCAGUAAGCGAGUGCCAGUCUGCGUUGAACGAAGAAGAACGAAAUGCGCCACAAUUUGUACUCGCUCAUCCUGAUUUUGAUAUACAAAAUAUGAUCGUUUCUGAGACAGAUGGUAGUCUUCAGGCACUUAUAGACUGGGACGGUCCUAUCUCCGUUCCUCGGUAUAUGCUAGGAAAUGAAAGUUAUCCUGGUUGGCUAACCCGUGACUGGGAUGAGUUGAUGUAUGGGUAUGAAGAAAACAGUACCCCGGGACCUGACAAUCCUAAUAAUUGGGAAAAUUCACCCAGUGAACUGGCUCACUAUCGGAGAGUGUAUCAAGACAUCAUCGAAGAUCUUACGAAAAGCCAGUCUAUAAGAAGACGCACUGCGCGGACUUUAGCUCUACACAACUUGUCUAUCGCUGCCGAUAACUUUAUGAACACUCGUCCUAUCAUGUCCAAAAUCUUCGACGAAAUAGCAAAAAUCACCGCCAAAGCGGAACAGUCCAGUAAACCAUAUGAAACUGCUAGCGAGGACGAUGCAUCCACAGAUGUGGUUCUCAAUGAGAAGGAAGAGGGGAAGGAAAUCCUCAAAGAGAUAUACAAAGAAACUCAAAAGGAAAUAUAUAAAGAGACUCAUAAUUAUACAGGAAAAGAAAUUUCGAAGGAGUUAUGCAAGAAAAUAUACAAAGAGAUCCAUUAUUCACCAAAAAAAUCCGAAGAAAAGCAAGGAGAAGAGAACUAUGAGGUUGAAGAGGAUCAAGAGGUCAAAAAGAAUCCAGAAGACAAAGGAAUUGACGACUCGUUCAUAGAGUAUGUGGUUUUUACUAACUGGGCUGAGGGUAAAUUGUCAGAUAAUCACAAGGAGCGACUUGUUCGUGGUUUCAAAGCUCUUCUUUCCGGGAUUGAAGGGAUGGAUUGA